GGGAGGGGAAGGCUGGCGGACGCCGCAGCGAACUGGUGGGCAGACCCGGAGUCGCCGCGUAAGCGGGGCCGGCUCAGUGCGGUGCGGCAGGCGCGGCUGUGCGGCAGCGGAAGUCCUUUGUUGCAGCACAGUCCCUGGCAGAGCCAGAGCCUCUCCGCGCAGCCCAGCCCGAACGCCGCGCGCCGCCGCCACUGCAGCUCGCGGCCCCUUCACCUCCGCCCGCCUUUCCCGCGGCUGAUUUGCCUUAAACUCCCUAAAACCUCCGCAGCCCCGGUUCCUGCUGCGGCCGGUCUCUCAGUAAUAGAAGAUGGCAAAGCCCAGCCACAGCAGCUACGUCCUCCAGCAGCUAAACAACCAGAGGGAGUGGGGUUUUCUCUGUGACUGCUGCAUUGCCAUCGACGACAUUUACUUCCAAGCGCACAAAGCCGUUCUGGCUGCCUGUAGCUCCUAUUUUAGAAUGUUUUUCAUGAACCAUCAGCACAGUACCGCACAACUGAAUCUCAGCAACAUGAAAAUUAGUGCCGAGUGUUUUGAUCUCAUUUUGCAGUUUAUGUACUUGGGAAAAAUUAUGACGGCUCCCUCCAGUUUUGAGCAGUUUAAGGUGGCAAUGAACUACCUGCAGCUGUACAACGUUCCUGACUGCUUAGAAGACAUACAGGAUGCAGACUGUUCGAGCUCAAAGUGUUCAUCCUCUGCUUCCAGCAAACAGAACAGCAAAAUGAUAUUUGGGGUGAGGAUGUAUGAAGACACAGUGGCUAGAAAUGGCAGUGAGGCCAACCGGUGGUGUGCAGAGCCAAGUUCAACAGUAAAUACUCCACACAACAGAGAGCCCGAUGACGAGUCUUUACAGCUAGGCAGUUUUCCCGAACCACUGUUUGAUGUAUGUAAGAAAAGUUCUGUGUCCAAAUUAUCAACUCCAAAGGAACGUGUGUCACGGCGCUUUGGACGGAGCUUCACCUGUGAUAGUUGUGGGUUUGGCUUUAGCUGUGAAAAAUUGUUAGAUGAGCAUGUGCUGACCUGUACUAAUAGACAUUCAUACCAGAACACAAGGUCCUAUCACAGAAUAGUCGACAUUAGGGAUGGAAAAGAUGGCACUAUCAAAGCCGAAUUUGGCGAAAAGGAGUCUUCCAAAGCAUUUUCCACACAGACAGACAAGUACAGAGGAGACACCAGCCAGGCUGCUGAUGAUUCAACUUCAACUACCGGAAGCCGAAAAAGUAGCACAGUGGAGUCUGAGCUAGCCGGCGAGGAAAAAAGCAGAGCUGCUGAGAGGAAAAGAAUCAUCAUCAAGAUGGAGCCCGAAGAUAUUCCCACAGAUGAACUGAAAGACUUUAACAUUAUUAAAGUGACUGACAAAGACUGUAAUGAGUCCACCGACAACGACGAAUUAGAAGAUGAGCCCGAAGAGCCCUUUUAUAGAUACUACGUUGAAGAGGAUAUCGGUAUUAAGAAAAGCGGUAGGAAAUCUCUCAAACCGCGGAUGUCGAUAGCUGCUGAUGAAAGAGGUGGUUUAGAAAGUCUGAGGCCCCCUAACAACAGCAGUCCGGUACAAGAGGAUCCCGAAAACGCGUCCUGUGAGCUCUGCGGACUCACAAUAACAGAGGAGGACCUGUCGUCUCAUUACUUAGCCAAACACAUUGAAAACAUCUGUGCGUGUGGCAAGUGCGGACAGAUCCUCGUUAAGGGGAGGCAGCUUCAGGAACAUGCUCAGAGAUGUGGGGAACCCCAGGAUCUGACAAUGAACGGGCUGGGCAACGCGGAGGAGAAGAUGGACAUGGAAGAGAAUCCCGACGAGCAGUCGGAAAUAAGAGAUAUGUUUGUGGAAAUGUUGGAUGAUUUUAGGGACAACCAUUUCCAGAUAAACAGUAUGCAAAAAAAGCAGUUGUUCAAACACUCCGCCUGUCCUUUUCGAUGUCCUAAUUGUGGCCAACGUUUUGAGACCGAAAAUCUAGUGAUGGAACAUAUGUCUAGCUGCCUAGACCAGGAUGUGUUUAAGAGUGCCAUCAUGGAAGAGAACGAAAGAGAUCACAGGCGAAAGCAUUUUUGUAAUCUGUGUGGAAAAGGAUUUUAUCAGCGGUGUCACUUAAGAGAACACUAUACUGUUCAUACUAAGGAAAAACAGUUUGUGUGUCAGACAUGUGGAAAGCAGUUUUUAAGAGAGCGUCAGUUGCGACUGCACAAUGAUAUGCACAAAGGCAUGGCCAGUGGUGAAAUAGGGCCUUCUAAACCUCUGGAGAAGUGAGAUCUGAAUUUGGAGAGGACAUGGGGAAGAAUCAAUCUUCAACAGAUAAUCUUUAAGUCCAGACCCAGGAAUAUCAGAUCUGAAGUGACACCAUCUUUUCUGUCUUCCUGACAAACCUCAUCAAUCCCAAAAGUUCCAGUUUCAAGGAUCCAAGAAAACUCAGUAAAGAUCACUUUGGAAUCACUUUGCUGUGACAAAAUUGAUUCAUGGUGACUCUCCUAGUAUUUGUGGAAAAUCUGCCAAAAGAAAAGUAACUAGAAUAUUCAUAUGACAUCAAUGGUUAAAGCUACACUAAAAUGAAAAUUUAUAUGCUAAUUAUCUUCCAUGGUCCCUUCUGAAAUCAAAGGGCUUGCUAGGCUACUAUAAAUAUAUUAUAAAGAGAUAAUAACAUAUCUGUGUAAACAUAUAAUCCUAACUGAAUCACAGUUUAUAUAUUAUGAAAUAUAGUUAGACAGUUAAAAAAAUUAUACCCCAAAAUCUGUAGUUUAGAGUAUAAAUAAAAAGAUGUGGGUACAGAGGAAAAAAAGUGAGACCAAUAUUUUAACAAGGAAAGAUAAUCUAGUUAUUACUCACUGUAAUGUAACAUUUGCCUUUCCUCUUUUUCACUCUAUAUACCAGUCACAAACAAUUAUUAAGAUUAAUGAAGUUCCCUUUUAAGCCUGUUAAGCUGAAAGAAAAACAGAAAUGGUUAUUACUUCAAUAGUGGUAGAUUUUCAUAAAACACGAACAACCAAAAGAAUGUAUCUUAAGACACAUUAUUUUCCUCUGAAUUUAGCAAUAUAAUCUAAUAAUGUAGAAUGAGUUUCUGUUAAAUAUAUAUUCUUGGUAUUAAUGUAUAAUACCAUUAUUUCUCAGCUUUCAAAUUUCAAGAUAAAUUUCAACUAAGUAUUGAGUGAAAGAAUAAUUGCUAUGUUUUAAAAAAACUUCCACUAGAAAUGAAAUGUUUGAUGAGAUUUUAACCUGGCUUCAAAUAUUUUUUUAUAUGUAUAUGCUCGAACCUUAUGAGUCUUAGUCGUAUUAUUUCCUUAUUGUGAAUACACUUAUAGUUUUACUUCUGGUUAACUGUCUAUCCAAUUCAUUAUUAUUAUUAUUUUGUUUCUUAUAUAAUAUCAUGGUAUAUAUUUUCAGAAAUGCUUAUUUUAUUUUUAUGCUUGUUUCUUCAAAUGUUUUAAAGAGUUACACAAAUCUAACAGUAUACAUAAUAGUAUAUGCAGAAGUAAAGUCAUUUAAAAUCUCUAGGUAUAAAGUGGGAUGAUAACUUGAAUAUUCAUUCUACUAAUUAGACUAGCAAAAAAUUAGAUAAAGUUAGUUAGAAUGUGAUUAGUGGGUAUAGGGGCCUGAAGGGAGCAGAGAAAUCCACUAAAAACUUGAAAUUCAUAUGAAUUCAACUGCUUCAAGAGAAAUAAGUUUAGAAAAGUGUUACAUUCUAAAAAACAAAAACAAAAUUAAAAACUAUCGCUAAUCUCUGGGAACCAUAUAAAACUGCAGACUUUUAAAAAGUAGGAAGCAGACAAGAUUAAAGAUUACUGAUAAUUAAAGGUGCCAGAUCAAUAUAAGUUGAGAUUCAACUAAUAAUUUUUGACUGACUGGUAGAAGCAGAUUCAGAAAAGGAACAUGACUUGAAUUGUGACUACACUAAACUACAAAUGUAAAGAAUUACAAUAAUUAUAAGUAAUAUAAAUGCAUUCUAUAAUGUGAUUAUUUUCUGUAUAUCAGUAUAAAACGGAGUUACUGAGUUACAUGGGAAAUUUCUGUUAACAUUUUUUCAAUCCAUUGCUUUUACCUAAUAAAAUUUCCUCCUCUAUGUUCAGAAGUUAAACUGUCUGUAUAUUACUUUUAUUUAUACUGUAUUUUUUUCAACCUGGCUCUUUUACAAAAUUGUGUGAAAAGUUAUUAUUAACUCUUUCCAUUCUCUGAUACAAAAAUAAUAAAGUAUCUGAUACAGCGA